UCACGGCAGGAGCGUCGCGUUUCAGUGUGGACUCUCUCCCUCCCUCUCUCUGGUGUCACUCGACCUCCUCAUCUGACGAGGAAAAGCACUGUGAUUCCUCUCUCUCUGUCUGACUUUGCUCUAGAUCCCGGUGCUCUCGGUUUCCUCUUCGUUCUCUCUCAGGUAAGAAACUCCAAGAGCAGACAGAGCAGAAUGGAGGCCAUUAAGAAGAAGAUGCAGAUGCUGAAGCUGGAUAAGGAGAACGCAAUCGACCGGGCAGAGCAGGCCGAGUCUGAUAAGAAGGCAUCAGAAGACAAGUGCAAACAGCUAGAAGACGAGUUGCUUGCUCUGCAGAAGAAACUGAAAGGAACUGAAGAUGAGCUGGACAAAUAUUCAGAAGCUCUCAAAGACGCUCAGGAGAAGCUGGAGCUGUCUGAGAAAAAGGCGACAGACGCGGAAGGAGACGUGGCCGCUCUGAACCGCAGGAUCCAGCUGGUGGAGGAGGAACUGGACCGAGCUCAGGAGAGACUGGCCACCGCGCUCCAGAAACUAGAGGAGGCAGAGAAAGCGGCGGAUGAGAGCGAGAGAGGCAUAAAGGUGAUUGAGAAUCGUGCAAUGAAAGAUGAGGAGAAAAUGGAAAUUCAGGAAAUACAGCUCAAAGAAGCCAAACACAUCGCUGAGGAGGCCGACCGCAAAUAUGAAGAGGUCGCUCGGAAGCUGGUGAUUCUGGAGGGUGAACUAGAAAGAGCAGAAGAGAGAGCAGAGAUCGCAGAACUUAAAGGUGGAGAUUUGGAGGAAGAACUGAAAAACGUAACCAACAAUCUCAAGUCCAUAGAAGCUCAGUCGGAUAAGUAUUCGGAGAAAGAGGACAAGUACGAAGAGGAGAUCAAAGUUCUCACUGAUAGACUGAAAGAGAUUGAGACUCGUGCUGAGUUUGCAGAAAGGUCGGUGGCCAAACUGGAAAAGACCAUCGAUGGCCUCGAGGAGGAUGUGGCUGAGGCAAAACAGCAGAACCUGGAGAUGCAUCAAGUCCUGGAUCAAACGCUUCAGGAGCUCAACAGCUUGUGAGCAAACGAGAAGCAAUCCAUGAAGAACAUUGCAGCAGUUUUAUGUUUAGCUUUUCAUGUUUUUGGAGUUUGUAUGUUGUAAGUUUUGUUAUUUCCAUCCUUUAUUUUUGGUUUAUAAUUUUCGGAUUAUUUCCUAAUGCACCUAUUAGUCCAUUAAGUAAUAACUAAUAUCUUGUUGUUGCCAUUUGUCCCAUUUAUAAGAGUGCUGCAGGUUAAAUACAACUUCUGACACAAUAUGUGGCAUACAACCAAAAUAUAAUAAUAUUUUUAAUAGUUAAUAGUGUUUUAUGUUUUUAGACUUUCAAAUUAUGACCCAUUAUUGCACGUAAGAAUGUUUCCCUUUUUCAUUUUUUUUCG